GCAUCGGGGCCCUGUGGUUUCUAGCUACGCCCCUGAUUGUGGGGGCUGCUGGGACCCGUUAUUUUUUUUAUGGGAAUAGCGGGAGAAAAAAGAUGGUUCUUGCAGUAAUUCUUCUCUGCUGGGUGUUGUGCUGCUGGCUAGCUGGGAGUAGUAGUCCUAUGGAUAUUUCAUGUGGCAGGGUUGUGUAGCUGACCUGAUGUUCCCUGUGAACUCCAGUGACCUUUUUGUCAAUUCAGUUGUUCCUGUACUGCAAAGUGGAGAGAUGAGACCUCUGGACACUAGGAUUCUGUGAAACAACUUUGAAAAUGUUACCGGUAGCUUUUUGUGAAAAUCCAAUACAAUACAGUUACCUGAGCACAGCUUAGAAUAUUACAGCAUUUUAGCCAGAUGAAUAGAUAUUUGGUCACUAUCCCUUUAAAUGUUUCUUUUGCAGCCCAUUUACAGAAUUUACAUUUACAGAAUUUGGAAGUCUCUAGUGGGCUGUACCUUUUGAUGAUGUAACAGCCACCAAGCACUAACUCCAACAUUGGUCACCGAAGAGAUUAGUAUAUUGCAGAGUGGCCCUUGUUCAGCCUUGUGAUUCUCCUCUGACAAAAAUGUAGAACUUUUUCUUGGAGAUGAAGACUUAAGACACUUUAUCCUCACAACUUGGACAGGAACAGAACAGUGAUGAAUGGACCUCCAAGGUGUGGUUAUUCAACAUGCCUGUGGCCAAGGACAACAUGUGUGCGAUUACAAUUGAAGGUCAAUGUCAGGAUCACGCUUGGUCACACGAACCCAAAGGAGGAAGAAUGGAAAAGAUUGAUCAAUAUGGGUGGAGAGAGGAAGCCUCCUCAAGCUAUACAAGCCCAAAAACUGGCUGGCAUCUUGAGGGAGGACAGUGACGGUGUACUGGUGAUUGACUGCCGCUCAUUCAGUGAAUACAACAAUCUCCAUGUGAUGGGCUCCGUAAACUUGUGUGGUUCCAAGCUGGCCCGAAAACGACUUCUAAAGGAGCUUCUUGUCCUACCGCACCCUAAGAUUGAGCCUUCAUUUGAGAAGCAAGUGGUUGUGUAUGACCAGGGCAACCAAGAGCUGUCUGCCGGCCAUUUUGUAUCAUUGGUUGUCGGAAAGCUGGAGAAAAAGUACAGCUCCGUUUCUCUUUUGGAAGGAGGGUUUGCUGAGUUUUCAUCCCAAUUCCCAAACCUGUGUGAAGGCCGCACCUCGAAUAUUUUGCACACGAGCAUAUCACAGCCUUGUCUGUCCACAUCGACGGUGUCUGUUACCCGUAUCCUGCCGCACCUUUACCUGGGCUCCCAGAAUGAUGUCAUGGAUCAGGAGGUGAUUAAUCAGAAUGGCAUCACGCAUGUGCUGAACGUCAGCUACAGCUGUCCAAAGCCCGUCUUCAUCUCCGAUAACCAUUUUCUACGCAUCCCCAUCAAUGACAGCUACUGUGAGAAGAUCCUGCCCUGGCUCAGUGCAGCUGUUGAGUUCAUAGGAAAAGUGGAGCUGGUAAAUGGUAAAGUUUUAGUCCAUUGCCUAGCUGGAAUCUCCCGCUCAGCAGCCGUUGCCAUCGCUUACAUCAUGAGGUCAAUGGGACUUUCUCUGGACGAUGCUUACAGGUUUGUUAAAGAAAAGAGGCCCACCAUUUCACCCAACUUCAACUUUCUUGGCCAACUUCUUGAAUAUGAGAUGAGUCUCGUCAAUACCCGGCAAUCGCAUCCUGCCCAACCAGUUCACUCAGACAGCCCUAAAGACAGAGAGUGCUCGGAGCAGCCAUAUGCUGAUAAGCAGGCAAACACUGAGAAGAUUUGCCAAAGCAAUCACAAUCUUAACUCCGUGUCCCAUGAAAUAGAAGUGGCCAUUGAUGCCACCAAAUUGGACAGUAGCUGUGUGAAGGAAGAGUCCGAGUCCACCCUAGCAGGCAGAUUUACCACCAUGGGGAUCUCAUCCGACCAACGGCGUGAAAUUAGCAGCCUAAAGCGUUCUUUCUCUCUGGACAUUAAAUCUGUGUAUACGCCUUUGUCUUCUACAGAACAGCACAAAAACUUUUAUCAGCCUUCUCAGCUCGUCCCAUCCCAGUCCGUUUCUUCUAGGCCUGUGGGACUUUGGGAUCGCUUUUUGGGUUUUGGACUUAAUUUCCUCUAUUUUUAUUCUGAAGAGGAAGAAGCACAGCAAAACCUAAACCACAAGGUAAGACCAAAGGGAAUCUGUGAACAAAGGGAUGCUCCAGAAAACUUAAAAAAGAGGCGAGCAAACACAAAGAGCCUAGAUGAAGGACCUCCUCGCCCAUUCACUUUAAACAUUCCCAAUUGUAAAGGCCAAACAUUUCUCAAGGAGAAGACUUUGGAAGUUGGAUCAAGGGUGAGGACAAUCUCUCCAGUUCCUCUGUGAGGAGCACCGCUAUCUACUUAAUGGAUGAUAUGGAGAAAGAACAUUUGGGGUCUAUUCAAUGCACAGAACUUUAUAAAACUUGCUGUUGGUUUUUUGCUAGGAACCUUUCUUUUUCCGCAUGUUAAGAUCCCCAACAGGCCUGAGUAGCAUGCUGAAAAAUACUUGUUUUCAAAUGUUUCUUCAUAUUGAAUGAACAAAUUGUGGACUAUUUUUCAAGCAAAGAGCAGACCUUUUGGGUUCGGUGAUGUGGAAAGUCACUACGUACCAAAGGCCUGCCACCGUUUUUUUCAACUCUCUUGUGUGCAAUUCUCUAUACUUACCUAAAGAGGCAGCGUUCACUGCUGCUAUAUGGCCUUCCUUUAUAGGUUGGAGAUGGUCCGCUGAACUGAGACUUCAGAAACCAAGAGGUGGCGAUUGCAUUGUGUACCCAAUAUACCUCGUGCUUCACCCUCUUGAUGGGGUAUUUCGUGGUGUUUUGUGACCAUCCUGCUAUGAACUCUUUAUCCCGCUUGGUCUACCCGUCCAUAUUAAUGGAUUUGCACAGAAUGGUCCAUGCCAUUUCACCCUUGGUGUAAUGUAGGAAGGUAUUGAGGGUAGUUCUAAGAUAUAUUUAUAUUUUCUAUUCCUCUAGGUCUUACAUUGAUGUAUGCCCUAGAAGCCAAGCAGUGUCUGUGACAAUACUUUGCUGCCCUAAUACCUCAGUUAUAUUUUGUUUAUUGCUGUGAAAUUUAUUUAAGUGUCCCCCCCUAGCAUGUUUGGGGUAUGCUUCCCUGCAUAUCGCCCCAACACGUGACCCACCUCUCAGGAUUCAAGGACAGAAAUGUGGUCCUUUUAUUACAAGCGGUGGUGGAAAAGCUUAUUUUAUUUGUUGUUGUAUUUUCCAUUAUUUAUUUAUACAUGUGUUUUCAUUUUCCUCUUGCUUAUGUUAAUAAUCAUUGAAGCCGCUAGUCUUGUUAUUGGCUGUACCUUUUUGAGUUUGUGACCUGCUAGAGGAAUGGGUUAAUAUAGGGAGAUAAGGCCGGUAAAUGUGGUAUUGACUCCUUGGGGAAACAUUUAUACAACGCCAGUCAAUUUAUAGUGUGUCCGAUAGGCCAUUUGAAGUACUGCACCCAAGCAUUUCAAACCUUAUAACAACAUAUGUUUAGAUCAUGAUAUCUCUCUCAUGGGGCCCCCUUUAAAGACCCCUUUGGAUCAGGGAAUAGUUCAGUCAUCUAGUCAUUUCUGGUUGGUUUUAUAAAUGUCCCUAAAAAAUAGAAAAUAGUCAAGCCCACAUUGCCUAUCUCCUUAUAGUGAUGUCUUGUGGUAUGUGUGUGAUUUCAUGGAUUACAGAAAGGCUGUCGGAAUUCAUGCAGUUUUCCUAGGAUAGCAUUCAAGUAAUCCAAUGUAGCUUAAAGGAGCAUGCCAGGCAAAACCACACUGUGUAAUGCUUAGUGCAGGUCUAGAGAAGGCGGAGCCUGACACCGGGAUCUCAUGAACACCAAAGAGAAUCCUUGUGUCAUGAUCCGCCCCCCUGACACUUAGAUGGUUCCUUAAAUAGUAAGUGCAAUUAUUCUUGUUACAUUGCCAGCAACAAAGGGAUCAAUGAUCUUAAAAAAAAAAAAAAAAAUAA